GCGGCACUAUAUAUUAGCUCACGAGCAUCUGCCCCAUUCCACCUUCAGCCAUUUUAACAAUGUUAGGUGCUGUGGGACGCUGUUGUACCGGGGCUCUGCAGGCUCUCAAGCCAGGGGUGACCCCCCUAAAGGCUCUCAACGGAGCUCCAGCAGCACUGUUUUCUCGCAGGGAUUAUGCUGCUCCUGCCGCAGCAGCCGCUGCCGCCCAUGGGCGUAUCGUCGCAGUCAUCGGUGCCGUCGUGGACGUGCAGUUCGACGAGGGUCUGCCCCCCAUUCUCAAUGCCCUGGAAGUAGCCGGUCGUGACUCCAGGCUUGUCCUGGAGGUGGCUCAGCAUCUAGGGGAGAGCACUGUCCGCACCAUUGCUAUGGACGGUACUGAGGGUCUGGUUCGUGGUCAGAAGGUUCUUGACACUGGUGCACCUAUUCGAAUCCCUGUGGGCCCUGAGACACUUGGCAGGAUCAUGAAUGUCAUCGGUGAGCCCAUUGAUGAAAGAGGACCAAUUUCUACAAAACAGACUGCUCCUAUUCAUGCUGAGGCCCCAGAAUUCACAGACAUGAGUGUCGAACAGGAGAUUCUGGUCACAGGAAUCAAGGUCGUAGACCUGCUGGCCCCCUAUGCCAAGGGUGGCAAGAUUGGUCUUUUCGGUGGUGCUGGUGUGGGAAAGACUGUGUUGAUUAUGGAGCUAAUCAACAAUGUGGCCAAGGCUCAUGGUGGUUACUCGGUGUUUGCUGGCGUGGGAGAGAGAACCCGUGAGGGAAAUGAUCUCUACCAUGAGAUGAUCGAAUCUGGUGUCAUCAACCUGAAGGACACCACCUCAAAGGUGGCGCUAGUGUAUGGACAGAUGAAUGAGCCCCCAGGUGCCCGUGCCCGUGUGGCUCUGACUGGACUGACCGUCGCAGAAUAUUUCCGUGACCAGGAGGGACAGGAUGUGCUGCUCUUCAUUGACAACAUUUUCCGCUUCACCCAGGCUGGAUCAGAGGUGUCUGCCCUGUUGGGCCGUAUCCCCUCUGCUGUGGGUUAUCAGCCAACUCUGGCCACCGACAUGGGUACCAUGCAGGAGAGAAUUACCACAACCAAGAAAGGCUCAAUCACAUCUGUGCAGGCCAUUUAUGUGCCUGCUGAUGACUUGACUGAUCCUGCCCCUGCUACCACUUUCGCUCACUUGGAUGCCACCACAGUGCUGUCUCGUGCCAUCGCUGAGCUGGGUAUCUACCCUGCCGUGGACCCACUGGACUCCACCUCCCGUAUCAUGGACCCCAACAUUGUAGGAUCUGAGCAUUAUGACGUAGCCCGUGGUGUCCAGAAGAUCCUCCAGGAUUACAAGUCCCUGCAGGAUAUCAUUGCUAUUCUGGGUAUGGACGAGUUGUCUGAGGAGGACAAGCUGACUGUGGCUCGUGCCCGUAAGAUUCAGAGGUUCCUGUCCCAGCCCUUCCAAGUCGCCGAGGUCUUCACUGGACACAUGGGCAAGCUUGUGCCCCUGAAAGACACCAUCAAAGGCUUCAAGGCUAUUCUUGGUGGCGAGUACGAUGCUUUUCCUGAGCAGGCCUUCUACAUGGUGGGCCCAAUUGAGGAGGUUGUCGAGAAGGCAGAGAAACUGGCUAAAGAGCAUUCGUAAAUGAGUCUGUUUUAAUGUGUAAAGGACGGGCUGUAUAAUGGGGAGAAGCACUUGGUUUGUAACACCACAUUCAAAUACAAAUUGUAUCUUUAUGGUAUCGCUGGUCAUCCUGAAAGUUAUUUAAUGUUUCCAAUCAGUGAAGAUGGAAUUAAAAUGUCUUGCUGUCA